UCGAAGAUGAACUGGGGCUCCUUCUACGCCGUGAUCAGCGGCGUGAACAGGCACUCCACGGGCAUCGGGCGCGUCUGGCUCUCCGUCAUCUUCAUCUUCCGCAUCCUGGUGCUGGUGGUGGCGGCGGAGAGCGUCUGGGGGGACGAGAGGUCCGGCUUCGUGUGCAACACGCAGCAGCCCGGCUGCAGCAGCGUCUGCUACGACCACUUCUUCCCCGUGUCGCACAUCCGCCUGUGGGCGCUGCAGCUCAUCCUGGUGUCCACGCCGGCGCUGCUGGUGGCCAUGCACGUGGCCCACCGGCGCCACGCCCACAAGAAGCUGCUGAGGAGGACGGGCCGCGGCGGCCCCGAGGAGCUGGAGCGCGCCAAGAACCAGAGGUUCCGGAUCACCGGCGCUCUGUGGUGGACCUACAUGCUCAGCAUCUUCUUCCGGGUCUCCCUGGAGCUGGCCUUCCUCUUCCUCUUCUACCUGCUGUACCCGGGCUUCCGGAUGCUGCGCCUGGUGAAGUGCUCCGCGUACCCGUGCCCCAACACGGUGGACUGCUUCGUGUCGCGGCCCACGGAGAAGACCGUCUUCACGGCCUUCAUGCUGGCCGUGUCCGGGCUGUGCGUGCUGCUCAACCUGGCCGAGGCCGCCUACCUGCUGGGCCGGGCCUGCCGCCGCCUCCGGGGCUCCGAGGAGGAGUCCAAAGGGGCCUGGAUCAGUCGGAGGUGGUCCACGUACCGGCACAACGAGAUCAACCAGCUCAUAGCGGACCGGUCCCUCAAGGCCAAGUCCACCGGGACCAAGAAGAGCCCGGCAGAGAAGACCGACCGCUGCUCUGCCUGCUGA